UUUGACAGUACCAACUUUGGACUACUAGUAAAGGAUGUAAAGUAUGCACUAAGGACAGAAAGAAAUAAGAAUCUUACUUUAGUGGAUACACUUCAACAUAUGGGAAUUGAACACCAUUUUCAAGAAGAGAUUCAAUCAAUUUUACAAAGGGAAUAUGAGCAAUGUGCUUGUUUUCUCAAGUAUCAAAACCAUCAUGAUAUUUCACUUUGUUUUAGACUUUUGAGACAAGGAGGUCACCACGUGUCAGCAGAUGUAUUUAAAAAAUUCAAGAACAAUGAUGAUGGUACAUUUGGAUUAAACAUUAGCCAAGAUGUGAAUGGAUUAAUUGGUUUAUAUGAAGCAUCACAACUUGGUGUAGAAGGUGAAUACAUACUUGAUGAAAUUGCAAAUUUUAGUGUUGGUCACCUAAAUGCAUGUCUUGCAAAUAAUGACUCAUGUGAUGAAGCUAGAAUUAUCAAAGAAACAUUGAAGUAUCCAUACCACAAGAGUUUAGCAAGUUGCAAGGCCAAAAGCUUCAUCAAUAACUUUAAAGGAAUUAAUGGAUGGGGAAAAAGCACCUUACAAGAAUUGGCAAAUAUGGACUACUCCAUAACAAAAGAGAUACAUCAACAUGAAUUGAUUCAAGUUUCUAGGUGGUGGAGAAGUCUUGGUUUAGCUGAAGAAUUAAAGCUUUUGAGAGAUCAACCAUUAAAAUGGUAUGCUUGGCCAAUGGCAAUGCUUACAGAUCCAAAAAUGUCACAACAAAGAAUUGAGCUAGCAAAAUGCAUCUCUUUUGUUUAUGUCAUUGAUGAUAUCUUUGAUGUUUAUGGGACUGUUGAAGAAUUAACCCUCCUCACUCAAGCUGUUAAUAGGUGGGAAUUAUGUGCCAUGAUGGACUUGCCAGAAUAUAUGAGAUCAACUUAUAAGGCUCUUUAUGAUACCAUUAAUUCCAUUGGCUACAAUAUCUACAAAUUUUAUGGACGAAACCCAACUCAAAAUUUGCGCAACACGUGGGCAAAUUUAUGCAAUGCAUUUCUAAAAGAAGCAAAAUGGUUUGCCUCUGGGGAGUUACCAACAGCAGAUGUGUACUUGAAGAAUGGACUUAUUAGUUCUGGAGUUCAUACGGUCUUACUUCACAUGUUAUAUCUCUUAGGUUUUGGUCUUACCAAUCAAAACUCUAUUUAUUUGGAAGAUUCAUCAGCCAUGGCUUCCUCCGUCGCUACGAUCCUUCGCCUUUGGGAUGAUCUAGGAAGUGCAAAGGAUGAAAAUCAAGAAGGAAAUGAUGGUUCAUAUAUAGAAUGUUACAUGAAGGGACAAAAAAAUGGUUCUAUUGAAUUGACAAGAGAGUAUGUGGUUAAGCAAAUAGAAGAUGAAUGGAAACAACUUAAUAAGAAACAUUUUGAUUUGAUGAAUGGAUCUUUAGGAUCAUUUUCAAAAGCUUCUCUUAACCUUGCAAGAAUGGUUCCUCUUAUGUACAAUUAUGAUGAUAAACAGUCCAUUCAUGUCCUCCUAGAAUACAUCAACUAUAUGUUGUAUGAUGUAUGAUAAUGUAUCCAU